AUGCUGUGUAUUCGGUGGGAUCAAAAGGGUAUUGUGUACUAUGAGCUGCUGAUCCCAGACGAAUCCGUUACUGCUGACCGCUACGAACGCCAACUUGACAAAUUAUCGAAUGCUCUUACCCAAAAGCGGCCGUUAAUCGCAAGUAAACAUCAUAAGAGACACGCUUCCGGAAUGCGGAAGAAGUGCGGAAAUGGGUGGAUGACUGGAUUGCCUCAAAAGAUGAAGACUUUUUUAAAUGCGGAAUCAACAAGCUACGAGAAAGAUGGCAAGAUAUUGUAG